AUGCUAAAAAUUACAGAUACGCACGUAAAUCCAACAACCUUUCAAAAAAUGAAAGUGAAGUAUGCCGUGCAGGUGUUUAGCCACUCGGUAGCAGCUGCAAUUGCAACAUGUGCCGAAACUGGAGAGGUUCGAUCAAGAACUGCAAAGAAUACGGCUUCAUUUUUAAAAUACAUCAACGACACAUUUGACUGCUUGAAUAGUCGGGUUGUUAAAGCAGCAAAUCCGUAUAAUUGCGGAUUAUCAACUUACAACACCUUCACAACAACAAGGUUAGCCGAAGCAUUGCAGUACUUCCAAAAAAUUGAAAUUUUUGAAAACGGGCGGGCGAGAAACAACAUUUACUGUAUAGAAGGGUUUCAGUGGACCAUUAGAGCAAUUCUGGGUUUGUGGGACUCCCUUGUAAAAGACGACUACAAAUACAUGCUGACGUCACGAAUCAAUCAAGAUCCAUUAGAAAACUUUUUUUCAGUGAUAAGAAAUAGAAAUGGCUACAAUGCUCAACCAACUGUAAAGCAGUUUCGUAUAGCUUUACAACACAACAUGCAUAUUCGUCUACAAGCCCCAGUGGACGGAGCAAAUUGUGAAGUAGAUGCAGACGACAUCUUGGAAUUGUAUGACAACCACGACCAUCCAAAAAAAGGUAUAAAGGGAGGUAUACACUAG